AUUCUCCCGGUGGCGGAGAGAAGAAAUAAAGGAAACCCAGAAAGCAUUAUUCUCAAUGGCGUCGACUACACGAGAAAAGUUUGUGUCUUUCAUAAACAACAGAUGGCUCGUCUUCGUGGCUGCCAUGUGGAUACAGUCUUGUGCUGGCAUCGGUUAUUUGUUCGGAAGCAUUUCUCCGGUUAUCAAAAGCUCCUUAAACUAUAACCAGAAGGAGCUUGCCAGACUUGGAGUCGCUAAGGAUCUCGGUGAUAGUGUCGGAUUCAUCGCCGGGACUCUCUCGGAGAUCUUGCCUCUUUGGGCCGCUCUUCUUGUUGGCGCCGUUCAAAACCUCAUCGGUUACGGAUGGGUUUGGCUUAUCGUCACCGGCCGUGCCCCGAUUCUGCCUCUAUGGGCUAUGUGUGUUCUCAUAUUCGUUGGGAACAAUGGAGAAACCUACUUCAAUACUGGAGCAUUAGUCUCUGGUGUUCAAAACUUUCCCAAGAGCCGUGGUCCAGUGGUGGGUAUUCUCAAGGGGUUUGCUGGGCUAGGUGGCGCGAUCAUCUCUCAGAUAUAUACAAUGAUCCACUCAUCUAACCCGGCUUCUCUCAUUCUCAUGGUCGCUGUUACGCCUGCAGUUGUCGUUGUUUGCCUCAUGUUCUUCAUCAGACCCGUUGGUGGUCACAAGCAGAUCCGUCCCUCCGAUGGAGCCAGCUUUACUUUCAUCUACGGUAUCUGCCUUCUACUCGCUGCCUAUCUCAUGGCCGUUAUGCUUAUUCAAGAUUUGGUCGUCGUUAGCCACAACGUCAUCACCGUUUUCUUCACGGAGACAAACGAGCCUGAUGACACAAUAGAAGAGCCUCUUGUCCCAAAAAGGGAAGGCCAAGAACCAGGAAUGCAGACCCCUGACCUAAUCUUGACUAAUGCAGCAGCUGCAGAAGGGGCGGUUCGGGUGAAGAGACGGAGAGGUCCGCACAGAGGGGGAAGAUUUCACUCUAACGCAGGCAAUGGUGAAAGCCGACUUCUGGCUCAUAUUCUUCUCCUUGCUGCUCGGUUCUGCAUUUGGAACUUUCUUGGACGCAUUGCGGCGGUUAUUUCUCCGAGCUCGUUGUCAGGGACUAUGCGUAUCCAAGACCGUAGCAAUGGCUGUGGCUCAGCUAAUAAGUCUGUGGGACACAUUUUCUCUACUGCCUCUGAGCUCUUUGGUCUGAAGAAGUUUGGAGCUUUAUACAAUUUCCUGACACUGGCAAACCCGGCUGGAUCCCUCGUGUUCUCGGAUGACGCCCUUAGAUGCAACGGUUCUAUCUGUUUUCUUCUUGACAUCACUCAUAAUGUCCUGGAUUCUGCAUCAUCGCUUGCAUCUUGAGUAUGAUUCUUGUGCGUCGUACCAAGUCCGUUUACACUCCUCUAUGGCAAGACCCGCACCUAAGAUCUCUGUUUCCCUUAUAAAUGAUCGUGCUCAGC